AAAACCUCUGCUCCCCUCUGCCCCUCCUUUCCCCGCACUCUCUUGGCCUCUCCGCCACACAGCCGCACUUCCCUCCACACGCACGCACACACACACAUACUCCAGCUUCGGUCUAGUACACGCAAACAAAUCGUUCUUCACGCUCAUCCGGAACCCACAUCCACCCACCCAACUGUCUUCGACUUUGUUUCGACGCUGAUCAUCAUCAUCGAUGUCGACGCCAGAGCCCAGCAUACUCAGCGACCCCGCGAAGAGCCACCUCCUCGCGCCCGGCAGGGGUCCGUACCUCUCCGAGACUUCGUCCCGCACGGGCAGCGAAACGUCGCUCAACCGCAUCAAGAACGUCCCCGGCUACACCACGCCCGUGUUCAAGGGCAAGCUUGAGCAGCAGGCGAAGGUCCAGGCGAACGUCGCGGCCAAGGGCUUCAUCCCCCGCGAGCUCGUCGCGAACGAAAUAAACUGGUUUUACGCGCAGCUCGGCAUCGACGACACCUACUUCCGCAACGAGUCCGUCGAGGUCAUCUCGGACCACAUCAUCGCGCUCUUCGGCGCCAAGGUCCUCGCGUACACGAAGCACGACCCCUCGCAGCUCGUCAUCGACCUCGAGAAGAUCGACGAGAAGGGCAACGGCGCAACCUUCAUACACACCAGCCCCCCAGGCCUCACCUCCCUCGAGGGCCCCGGGUCGACCUGCGAGGCGCGGAUCGACGAGAUGUACCUCGACAACGCGACGCCCGAGAACUGCUACCGCCUCGAGACGUUCCGCUCGACGGGAUCCGUCUCCGCCUCCGCUACGCAGCAGCUCCGCUGCUACUUCGUGUCCAAGUGCACGUUCCCCCCCGCCCCGCCUGCCCCGGGCGCCGACGGCCGCACGAACAUCCGCGCGGUGUCGGACCCCGUGUUUUUGGAGAAGGCGAGCGAGAACACGCUCGAUAUCUACCAGAAGGUGAUGUGGAACGUCGAGACGCGGUACGGGCCCGUGAUCGAGGUGUUUGAGGUCGAGGGGACGCGCGAGAGAAGGAUGGUAAUUGGGUACAAGAUGGGUGGGACGUCGCACUUCUUCAGUGCGUUGUCGAACUUGUACCACUUUUACUCGCUCUACUCCGCGCGCAAAUAUGUCGAGCAAUUCUCUAACGGGAUAACGAUCAUCUCGCUCUACCUCAACCCGCUGCCCAACUCCCGCGCGCCGCCGAUCGAGCACUCGAUCUUCCAGGUCAUGAAGGAGGUCUCCCUCUUGUACUGCCUCCCCGACAACCCUUUUUUCUCAUCGGCCAGCGCGUCGCCGCACGCCGUGCAGGACGCCGCGUAUGCUUACUGCGGCUGGAUCUUCGCGCAGCACUUCUGCAACCGCCUCGGGCCGGCGUACCUCGCGCUGAAGAACGUGCUCGACGAGGCGAACCCCGCGCACGCCGAGGUGCUGAACGAUAUCAAGCGGCGCUUCCGCGAGGAGACGUUCACACGCGAGAGCAUCGCGGAGGCUAUUCACGCGCACCCCGAGCUCAUCCGCAUGCUCUACGUUAAUUUCGCGAUGGUGCACUAUCCGGCGGACGAGGCGUCGAGGCUCAUGCCCACGCUGUCGUACCAGCGCCUGCAGACGGAGCAGCCGCUCACGGACCAGGAGCUGCACGACAAGAUUCGGAAGACGGUGCUCAACAAGCACGAGCUGCAGGUCCUCGAGAGCUUCCUCAUUUUCAAUAAGUGCGUCUCUCCGCACGUCCUCAAGACGAACUUUUACCAGCCGACAAAGGUCGCCCUGUCGUUCCGCCUUGCGCCGGCGUUCUUGCCUGAGGUCGAGUACCCGAACAAGCCAUUCGGGCUGUUCUUCGUCAUCGGGAACGAGUUUAGAGGGUUCCAUAUCCGGUUCAGGGAUGUCGCUCGAGGCGGAAUUCGUAUUGUACGCUCGAGGAACAAGGAGAACUAUUCGAUCAACCAGAGGAUGCUGUUCGAUGAGAACUACGGCCUCGCGUCGACGCAGUCGCUGAAGAACAAGGAUAUCCCCGAAGGCGGCGCGAAGGGCACCAUUUUGCCCUCGUUAGGCGCGAGUCCGAGACUGUGCUUCGAGAAAUACGUCGACUCUAUCUUGGAUCUUCUUAUCCCAGGGCAGAGCCCCGGUAUCAAGGAGCGCCUCGUCGAUCUGUACAACAAGCCUGAGAUAUUGUUCUUCGGACCCGAUGAGGGUACGGCUGACAUGAUGGAUUGGGCAGCUCUGCACGCUCGCGAGCGCGGUGCCGAGGCUUGGUGGAAGUCGUUCACGACGGGCAAGAGCGCGGAGACGCUCGGCGGUGUCCCGCACGACGCGUACGGCAUGACGUCGCUGUCGAUCCGGCAGUACGUGCUGGGCAUCUACAAGCAGCUCGGCCUGCGCGAGAAGGACAUCACGAAGGUCCAGACGGGUGGUCCUGACGGGGACCUUGGAUCCAAUGAGAUCCUCCUCAGCUCGGACAAGACCGUGGCUGUGAUCGACGGGAGCGGGGUGUUGGCGGACCCUGUAGGCAUCAACCGCGAGGAGCUUAUCCGCCUCGCGAAGCUCCGCAUCCCCGUGGCGAACUUUGACAAGUCGAAGCUCAGCAAAGACGGGUACCUCGUGCGCGUGGAGGACCAAGACUUCAAGUUGCCUUCGGGUGAGAUCGUCGCAGACGGGACGGACUUUAGGAACGGGGCGCAUCUCCGGUUCAAGGCGGAUCUGCUCGUGCCUUGUGGCGGUCGUCCCGAGGCUGUCAACAUCUCAAACGUCGCCGCGCUGGUGGACACUGAAGGAAAGCCGCACUUCAAGUACGUCGUCGAGGGCGCGAACUUGUUCCUCACGCAGCAGGCGCGCCUGUACCUCGAGAAACGCAAGGUCGUCCUCUUCAAGGACUCAAGCGCCAACAAGGGCGGCGUCACGAGCUCCUCCUUGGAAGUCCUCGCCGGGCUCGCGCUCUCCACGCAAGACUACGUCGACCUGAUGAUCUUCAAGGACGGCCAGCCGUCCGCGUUCUACCAGAGCUACGUGCGCGACAUCCAGGAGAAGAUCACGGAGAACGCCGCGGCCGAGUUCACGUGCAUCUGGCGCGAGUUCCAGCGCUGCGGGGGCGCGAAGCCGCGCACGGUCAUCUCGGACGAGCUGUCGAGCACGCUCAACAACCUGCAGGCGGAGCUCGAGAACUCGGACCUGUACGACGACGUGCCGAGCCGCCACGGCGUGAUGCGCCGCGCGAUCCCGAAGACGCUCGUGGAGAAGGUCGGGCUGGAGGCGCUGCUGACGCGGCUGCCGGAGACGUACCAGCGCGCGCUGUUCUCGAGCUGGGUCGCGUCGCACUUUAUCUACAAGUACGGCGUGCAGGGCUCGAGCGUCGACUUUUUCCACUUUGCGCGCGACCUGGCUCACUAGGCGGCUCGUGAACGGGACUUGUGACCGCGACGGCGAAUACGGAGGGAUGCGCGCCUGGACGGAGGGCAGGGGCGAAUCUUGGACGACGCGAAGGCGGAACCAAAACGUUACAUUAUUGCGCGAGUGCGACGGCGGGUAAUACGGCGUGCGCAGUAACCAUGCGCCCGAAAGCGGGCUGUACAAGUAGAUCGUAGUAAUUUUUGGGAGAAAUGGGAAUUCAAUGGACUUUCAGGCAUCGUACAGUG